AUGUGGUGCGCCGUGCUCGAAGCACUCGUCCUCAGAAGCACCCUAGGGCAACGACGAGUCGCCCUCACGUCGCCAUUCCUCUCCCCCUUCCCAUUACCCACCUCGUCGCCUUCGCACUCGCCGCGUAUCUCCCCCCGUCGCCCCUCUGCUCUCCCUUCCCAUACCCAUCUCGUCGCUCUCGCGCUUGUUUUGAAACGCCCUCCCGUCGCCAUUCCGCUCUCCCUUCCCGUUACCCUCCCGUCGCCAUUCCGCUAUCUCCCUUCGCUGCCCGUCGCCUCGAUAUCUCCCUUUGCUGCCCGUCAUCUCUACAUCUCCCUUCGCUACCCGUCGCCUCGCUAUCUGCCUUUGCCGCCCGUCACCUCUCUAUCUCCCUACGGUGCCCGUCGCCUCGCUAUCUCCCUUCGUUACCCGUCGCCUCGCCAUCUCCCCUCGCUGUCCGCCGCCCUCGCUAUCUCUCGUCGCCUCGCCAUCUCUACCGUCGCCCUUCCCCUCUCCCGUCGCGCCUUCCUCUCUCCGUCGUGCUUUCUCCCUCCAUCGCGCUUCCUCUCUACCGUCGCCCUUCCUCUCUCCCUUCGCCCUUCCCCUCUCCUGUUGCGCCUUCCUCCCUCCGUCGCGCUUCCUCUCUCCCGUCGCCUUCCUCUCUCCCGUCGCCCUUCCCCUAUCCCUUCACGCCUUCUCUCUCCCGUCGCCCUUCCCCUCUCCCAUCACGCCUUCCUCUCUCUGUCGCGCUUUCUCCCUCCGUCGCGCUUCCUCUCUCCCGUCGCCUUCCUCUCUCCCGUCGCCCUUCCCCUCUCCCUUCGCUCCUACUCUCAUUUCGAGCACAUCUACGGGACCCCUCGCUCACAGGAGAAAAACGUGACGCCGUGUCCAUCUGAGUUUGCCAAGCGGCUUCGUGAAGCCGCCGAGAGGGAUCGGUCUUCCACACCAUCCAGUUCCAACCGUGCCUCUACCUCCACCACGGUUGAGAUGCCUCCCGCAAGGCGUUCUAGGCAGCGGGACAUCCGCGAUAUGGCGGAUACCGUUGCCCGCGCGCGUUUGGACUACCUGUGGGCGGCAGUUGUGGCAGAGAAUGAUCUAGCCUUCAACGUCUCCAAAUCGCGUGCGCUACAGGCCUUCGUUGACGCGGCGGUUGUGUUCGCGAAGCCCUACACACUACCAACCCCUUACAAGGUGUCCGGCUCUCUCCUCGACAAGCUAAGGGCGGACGCCGAGGAGCUUGUAAGGCCGUUGAAGGAGAGUUGGAAGGCGACCGGGUGCAGUCUCUCGGUGGAUGGGUGGACAUGCAUGAAGUCCUGCGGGAUCGUGUGCGUCAUCGCCCACAACGACACCGCGCCCGUCAUUGUGGACAUCGUCGACUCGAAAACCGCCAAGAAAACAGGAGAUUACCUCGCGGGUCUCAUCGGGAACUCAAUCUCCGAAGUGGGGAAGGGCCUCGUGGUCCAAGUCAUCAUGGACAACGCGUCUAACAACCGAUCAGCGGCUGAGAAGCGUAAGGUGGAAUUUCCCUCGGUUUUUUUCGCCAACUGCGCCGCCCACUGCUUGGAUCUUAUGCUUCACGACGUAGGGAAAGUUAAGCCCGUCAAACGCGUGUUAGAGCAAGUGCAUCGAGUCGUCAUGAUGAUCAAGGGCAGCGCCUCCGCCGUCGUUCUAUUUCGCGAGCUUUUUACCAAGCUUGCGUUGGUGCGGCCGGGUGCGACACGGUUCGGCACUCAAGUCAUCAUGAUACGCCGAUUCUUGGAGGUGAAGAGGGCUCUCCAGGCCAUGGUCAUUAGCGAUGAAUGGAAAGGGGUGGCGGUGGCGCAAAAGAAAGAAGGGCAGGAGGUGAGGGCGCUUCUUCUAGACGACGUCUUUUGGGACUGUGUUUCUGCGGUGCUCCGCCUCCUCACGCCGGUGUAUGAAGUGCUAAGGGUGGUUGACACGCGGGCACAAGUCAUGGGCCAAAUCUAUGGCCUCAUGAUUGAUAUCACGGUCAAGACACGAGAAUCUGCAGAGGCCGCCGCAUCGGUAUUCAUCAAGAAGACGGGCCAGCUCUUGGCCAAGGACAAGAGCACCUUCAUGGCAUCCAUCAAGGGCAUCCUUGCCCGGCGAUGGGACGGGCAACUCCACAACCCCCUGCAUGCCCUGGGAUGGCUUCUUAAUCCCCGCAACCAAUACGCGGGGGAGGUGAGAACCGAUGCGGAGGUAAGGAAGGGGGCCGACGAGGUGAUUCAGGCCCGGGUGGGGGAUGUUGCCCAGCGCAUCAAGCUGCAGACACAGCUGGUGCAGUUCCACAAGGGUGAGGGCCGCCUCGGGUCGGAUGAUGCUCUAUGGGCAGCCAAGACCUUGGUGGAGGGGGAGCGCAUGACGGAUGCGGAGCGGUACUGGUCCGCCCUUGCACGAGUGCAGAGGCGGGACCGGAACCGCAUCGCGGCCAAGAAGAUGACUGAUGUCACCUUCGUGGCCUUCACCAGGAGGGCCCGCGAUACGUUUGAUCGCAAAACUCAGGCGCGUGCGAAGUUGUACGCUGAUCUCACCGACGGAACCCUCAAAGGGGGCAUUGCCAUGCCCCCGCCCGCAACAGUGGAAGAGGAUGAAGGUGGGGCUGAAGAGGAGGAGGGAGCCGAGGUGGAAGAGUGCACCAUCGAUUGGACUGUAUUUGGGAGCAUUGGUAAGAAGAAGAAGAAGCGCGCGGGAGAUUGCUCCAAGAGGAAGAGGAAGGAGAAGGGAAAGGGGCCAUGCAACCGGAAGGGAAAAGGAAAGAAGCGUGUGGAGGAGGAGGAGGAGGAGGAGGAGGAGGAGGAGGAGGAGGAGGAGGAGGAGGAGGAGGAGGAGGAGCGGCGGCAGCGAGCAAUGGGCGGGAGGUAG